AUAACCAAAAAAAAAAAAAUCUUCAUUUUCAUAAACACCACAAAAAAUUCUACCUCCUUCACCUUCAAAAAAAAUGAAGGUGAUCAAAGUGACAUUCGCCCUCUUCGCCUUUGCCAUGGCCGUAACCCUAAUCCUCACGGCCAAAACACCCGACCCCACGCCUCCCUCUCGGGCCCCACACUCCAAACCGGCUGCCACAGGUCGUGUCAGCCGGUUCCUCCAGGAGAAGGAGAAAAACCCUAGAGCCGCCGACCACUGCAAGAAGGACAACGACGUGUGCUUGGAAGGUGGGCGCAACGCCACAUGUUGCAACAACAAGUGCCUUGACUUGCAGUACGACGACAAAAACUGCGGCUUGUGUAAGAAGAAGUGCGCCUUCACGGAGAAGUGCUGCAGAGGAGAGUGCGUGCAACUCGUCUCCGACAAGAGACACUGCGGCGCGUGCGACAACAAGUGCAAUAUAUGUUUGUACGGCACGUGCGAAUAUGCCUAGAUCAAGGUGUUGGAGGAAUUCGGACAUGGAAACGGAAGAAUUCAAGGGUUGGUAUAUAUAUAUACUACUAUUUUUUUUUUCUGAAAAUUGAAUUGCAAUAAUAAAUGAAAACCGCAUUCGAAUUGGUGGUUUUUAUAUUUAUGUGGGGUGUUUAGUAUUGUUGUGUCACGUAUUAUUCCUCGGGUUUAAGGAGUAUAUACAUUGAUUGAUAAAUGUGUACGUAUUUAUGAUUGAGACAUAAAAGAUCAAGAAAUUGAUCAUAUAUAUAUAAGAGUGUGUAUUAAAAUAGUUUGUCGUUUGUUUUGAUCCAUUACCUACAUGAAAUUUUGGCCGGUAUAAGUGGAUUUGUAAGGCUACAUACAUUAUUGUUUCAAUGCAAAUAUUAUCGAGUAAUUAA